AUGAAGCUUUCAUUAUUUGCUCUCCUCUUUAUCGUUGCUCUCGGAUCGAUCGAUAUCCCACUGUCUCCUAUUUAUGAGACUGAAGAAGAACAAAUGGCUUACUUCAAGUUCAUUCAACUUAGAAGAUUCUUGAAGGGAAACAAUCUUCCUAUCACCAACUACAUGGACGCCCAAUACUACGGCUCUAUCGCUCUUGGAACACCUCCUCAGCCUUUCACAGUGGUUUUCGACUCUGGUUCCUCAAACCUCUGGGUUCCAUCAGCAAAAUGCACUUCACUUGCCUGCUACGUCCACAACACCUACAACUCCGCUGCCUCAUCCACUUAUGUCGCAAACGGAAAAGCCAUUUCCAUUCAAUACGGCUCAGGAGCUUGCAGUGGCUUUAUCUCACAAGACACCUUAAGUUGGGCUGGCUUAACAGUUAAGAGUGUUUUCUUCGGAGAAAUGACUUCUCUUCAAGGCUCAACCUGGGUCAGCAGCAAACCAGACGGUAUCCUUGGUAUGGCUUGGCCAGCAAUUUCCGAAGACGGACUUGAACCAGCUUUCAUGUACUUGGCUCAGCAAAACCUUGUGUCCAGCAACAGCUUUGCAUUCUACCUUACUAAGACUGCAGGCCAAUCUGGAAGUGUACUCACCUUGGGAGGCUACAACUCAGCACUUACCAAAGGAGAUUGGAACUACAUUCCUCUUUACAAGCAAGAAUGGUGGCUCAUUCAAAUGGGAUCAAUCAGUGUUGGUGGAAAAACAAUUUCUGGGUCUGGAUUCAAAGCCAUUCUCGACACUGGCACUUCACUUCUUGUCGGCUCUCCAAGCAUUGUCAACCAAAUCCUUGCCUUGAUUCCUUCUGUAGCUCAAGAUUGCUCAAACCUUGCAAAACUCCCAACUGUUAACAUUGUUCUUGGAGGAGUCACUUAUGCUAUGCCACCAAGUGCUUACGUUUGGCAAAUUCCUAAUGGAAGUGCGAAAAUAAAAUGGUGACGCCGACGGAGAUAAACUCAGGGAGGCACUCACUAUGGAGCAGGUCGGAUAUGUCCUGAUGAAUUCAAAAUAGUGUCUCUGUCACUUUUGGAAGGAGGCCUUCAGGUUUGGGGAUGACUGCCGAAGAGGGAAGUUUUGUUUCUUCACCGAAGGUUUUGCUGUCCUUGUCAGAUGGGUAGACAGGUUUUGCCUCCGCUUAGUCUUUGUUUACCAGGACUAAGGUAGAAUCCGCAAGAGAUAGCUCUAACCUAGGGAGCUAAUCCUUGGGUUAUGCGGUUUACGCCAGAUAGUGGUCUAUCCACUUAUGCCUUUAUAAUUUUAACUUUAGCUAAUGGAAGCGCAAAUCAAUGUAUUAAUGGAUGGCAAGCUGAUGACUUAGGAUCAGAACUCGCAAAUACAGUCAUCCUUGGAGAUCUCUUCAUCAGAACUUAUUACACCCUUUUCGAUAUGGGCGGCUCAAGAAUUGGACUUUCUACAGCAGUUUAA